CAGGUCUCUGGAGAGUUUUUAUUAUGUUGUGGAGUUUAAUGUCAGCUAUAAAAAAUUAAGGAUUUUUAAGGUUUAAGUAAUAUUAGGAAGGUUGUUAACGUUAACACUUGUUGCAUUAGCUCAUAGAAGGGUGAACGGAUGUUCGUAUGAGUGUGGCCUGUUCAAGCGGGUCUGAGCCCGCAACGCGUUUGGGGGAAAGGAAGAGAAAAAAAAAGCAGAAGUGUCACGGAUGUGCGUUGCAUCCUAAUAGAGUUCGCAGAAGUCGUUGCCUCUCGGGCUGCUGUGUCUUAAAAUCAGAGAGGCCUGUUAAAACGAUGAAUCCUGAGGAGCAGGUCGUAACGUGGCUGAUAUCAUUAGGGGUACUGAAUUCCCCUAAAAAGAACAUUGCUGAUCCCGAGGAAUUUCUGAAAUCGUCUUUGAGAGAUGGGGUCGUCUUGUGUAAACUCGUUGAACGGCUUCUACCCGGAACGACUCCAAAGUACUGUCCAGAUCCUAGAAACGAGGGGGACUGUAUCGCCAACAUUCGAGAGUUUGUAAAAGGAUGUUCCACUCUGAAAAUUGAGGGCUUUGAACCACAGGACCUGUACACAGGGGAGAAUUUUGGCAAAAUCCUGUCCACACUUUUGGCAGUAAAUAUUGCCACCCAGGAUCGAGGCACAGAGAGGUCAUGUCCACAGCCUAGCGCAUCAGCAGCCGGCCAGUACCAGUCCACACACACGCUGUCUACCUCCAAGUCCAACAAGUCCCUGCGCAGACAUUCAAAGCCAGCAGUGGAGAUGGCGGAGAACGGGGGCAGUGGUGGCGGCGGAAAUGUGCAUGUGAUGGUGAAGGCACGCUUCAACUUCAAGCAGAACAACGAGGACGAGCUGUCCUUCAACAAGGGCGAGCUCAUCCACGUCUCGCGCCAGGAGGACGGCGGCUGGUGGGAGGGCAGCCUCAACGGCAGGACUGGCUGGUUUCCCAGCAACUACGUGCGCGAGAUCAAACCCUGUGAGAAACCAGUUUCCCCCAAGACUAUCAAGGGGUUUGACGUGCCUCAGCUUACCAAGAACUACUACAGCGUGGUGGUGCAGGACAUCCUGGAGCAUGAGCGGGAGUUCGUGAAGGAGCUGCAGACGGUGCUGAGCUGCUACCUGAGGACCCUGCAGGCCAGCGACAAGCUGUCCAGUGCAGAUAGUGCCACCCUUAUCGGCAACCUGGAGGACAUCCUCACCUUUCAGCAAGGACUCUGUGUGGCUCUGGAAGAGUGCGCCAAGGUUCCAGAGGGCCAGCAGCGGUUGGGCGCCUGCUAUCUCAACCUGAUGUGCCAGAUCCGCACGCUGUACCUGUCGUACUGCUCCAGCCACCCCUCCGCCGUGUGCGUGCUCACUGAUCACAGUGAGGAGCUGGACAAGUUCAUGGAGAGCCAGGGGGCCAGCAGCCCAGGAAUCCUGACCCUCACCACCAGCCUCAGUAAGCCCUUCAUGAGGCUGGACAAGUACCCCACCCUGCUGCAGGAACUCGAGAGACAUGUGGAGGAAGCCCAUCCUGAUUACAAUGACAUCCUGAAAGCAAAUGCUGCCUUCAAGAACCUCGUGACGCAGUGUCAGGACCUGCGUAAACGCAAGAACCUGGAGCUGCAGAUCCUGUCGGAGCCGGUGCGGGGCUGGGACGGCGACGGCAUGAAGACCCUGGGCCAGGUGUCCUACAUGUCCCAGGUGCAGGUGCAGAGCGGAACCAGCGAGGACAAAGAGGAGCGCUACUUCAUGCUCUUCCCAAACGUGUUGGUCAUGCUGUCUGCCAGCCCCCGCAUGAGCGGCUUCAUCUACCAGGGAAAACUGCCGUUGUCAGGCACGACGGUAACCAAGCAGGCGGAGGAUGCUGAGAACGGCCUCUUCGCCUUUGAGAUCACAGGGGGAGGGACGGACGGCACCACUGUGUUCUGCAGUAGCCUGCAGGAGCUGCAGGAUUGGCUGGAACACCUGCACGCCUUCACCAAAGGAGGAAGCCCGGUGGGCACCAUUCUGAAGCCUGUGGAGGGUAAGCCCUUGAGUAUGGUUGGCACCCCGACGCACCAGAGCCCCCUGCAGAGCUUCAGCACCCCCGUGGCCAGCCGAGGGCUCCUGGAGCCCCCCAAAGUCCCCAAGCCCUGGUCUCUCAGCUGCCUGAGGCCCGCGCCCCCGCUCAAACCCUCCGCUGCCCUGGGGUACAAAGAGAGGAUGUCUUAUAUCCUGAAGGACUCCAGUAAAAGCCCUCGGCCCAUCAAGAAAUUCCUCCCCGCGAGAAAAAAAGAGAGAAAGCCGUCCGAUGAUGAGUUCUCACUCCGGAAAAGCACAGCAGCUCUGGAGGAGGAUGCUCAGAUCCUGAAGGUGAUUGAGGCGUACUGCACAGGGGCCAGUGUCCACCAGAUCACCACAGCUGUACGGAAAGAGAGUAUCCCACAGGUCCUUUUGCCAGAGGAGGAGAAGAUAAUCGUGGAGGAGAUGAAGAGCAAUGGACAGACGGUGAUCGAGGAGAAAAGCCUUGUCGAUGCUGUGUACGCACUGAAGGAUGAGGUCCAUGAACUGAAAAAGGAGAGUAAGUUGAUGAAGCAUCACCUGGAGGAGGAGCAGAAGUUACGGAGGGAGUUGGAGCGGACGGUCCGCAAGCUGGCCAAGCAGAAGAACGACAGCACCUGGGACGACUGCAGCCACUAAAGAAUGUUACACGCGCCAUCAGCAUUUUAACAGAUUCAGCCAGCUUGUGUGUGUGAGUGUGUGUGAGUGUGAGUGUGAGUGAGUGU